AUGGAUAAUAUGCUUGAUUUUAAAUCUCUUGAAGCAGAUCCCAAAGAUCGAAUGCCUAUUUCAUCUUAUGGUCCUAAUAUUCGAGAUGCGAAUGAACUUGAAAGUCGUGGAAAUGCCGGAGAUUCAUUUACAAGAGAUGGUUUUAGGUGUUGGAACAAAGCUUUAGAAAGAUUCAAAAAACAUGUUGGUAAGGUAAAUAGUAUCCAUCAUAAAUGUUUCAAUAGGAUGCAAGAUUUGAAAAACCAACGGCAAUCGAUCCAAUCUUCUUUUGACAAGCAAAGUGAAAAGGCAAGAAGUGAUUAUCGGAUGCUUUUAAAUUCCUCAAUUGAUGUAGCAAGAUUUCUCUUGACAUCAGGAUUUCCAUUUCGUGGACAUGAUGAAAGUGAAGGUUCCGAUUAUAAGGGUGCUUUUCUUGAACUUUUGAAAUGGUAUGGGGAUAGAAGUUUUGAUGUGGGAAGAGUAAUAUUAGGUAAUUCUCCACAAAAUGAUAUGAUGAUUUGUCCGACAAUUCAAAAAGAUAUUGUGGAGGCUUGUGCUAAAGAAACAACUAAGGCUAUCAUUGAAGACUUGGAUGGUGAUUAUUUUGGAAUAUUAGUUAAUGAAUCAAAGGAUGUUUCUCAUAAGGAGCAAAUGGCUCUAAUUUUGAGAUAUGUCAACAAAAGUGGAAUGGUGAUAGAGCGAUUUUUGGGUAUUGUCCACGUAAAUGAUACAUCUUCUCAAUCAUUAAAAAAAGCAAUUUAUUCUUUGCUUUUGGAUCACUCAUUAUGUACAUCCAAAAUACGUGGUCAAGCUUCAUUUAAACGCAGAGAUUCACUUCGACAACAUCAAGAAGAUAAGUUGGAAGAGUUGCUUAAAUUUGGAGAAGUUCAUACAGGGCAAGGUUUGAAUCAAGAACGUGGCCUUCAACGACCGAGUGAUACUCGUUGGGGGUCUCAUUUUAAAACCUUGGACAAUUUCCUGAUUCUUUUUUCUUCAAUUGUUAAUGUGCAUAAGGAUAUGAAACAUGAUUGUCCAUAUCAUCUUGAUAGAUUUGCGGCGGAAAAUCUUUUGAGCAAGAUUCAUGAAUUUGAAUUUGUCUUUAUGUUGCACUUGAUGUUUAAGGUGUUGCUAUUGACGAAUGAGUUGAAUAAAGUUUUACAAAAGAAAGAUCAAGAUAUCGUUAAUGCUAUGGGAUUGCUUGACCUUUCAAAGAAACGAUUGCAAAUGAUGAGAGAGGAUGAAUGGGACUCUAUGAUGGAUGAGGUUAGAUUAUUUUGUGGUAAACAUGGAAUUUCAAUUCCCAAAAUGAAUGAAGACUACUCUAAUGGGAAGUCGAAGCAACGUUUUGAUGUGGUGACUAGUGACUUGCUCCUCGGUAUGGCUAGUUUGAGUCCGGUUGAUUCAUUUGCUAAUUUUCACAAGGAUAGGAUAAUGAAACUAGCCGAGUACUACCCAAGUGAGUUUGGUGAUAAAGAGCUUCGGGAACUCAAUUUUCAACUUGAUGAUUUUAUUGUCUAUGCUCAAAAGUGUGAUAGCAAGUUUCUCAACUUGAAGGGAAUCAAGGAUCUUGCAAAAGUGAUGAUAGAGACAAAACUAGAUCAAACUUGGUCACUUGUGUAUCUACUUGUGAAGCUAACUUUGAUUAUUCCUGUUGCUACCGCAAGCGUGGAAAGAGCAUUCUCAUCAAUGAAGUACAUAAAGAAUGAUUUGCGUAAUAGGAUGGAUGAAGAUCUUUUGAAUGGUUGUUUAGUUUGCUAUAUAGAGCGUAGUAUAUUUAAAAAUGUAAGU